AUGCGUCUCCUCGAGACAGAAACGUUGACGCUUCACGAAUUCGUCGAGGGCCACGUUCCCGAAUACGCCAUAUUGUCGCAUACGUGGGGGGAGGAGGAAGUUCUCUUCAAAGAUCUCGAAAAUGGUCCAUCUGGCAAAGCCGGAUGGAUCAAGAUCCAGUCUGCAUGUCGUGUGGCCUACAAGCGGGGCUAUGAUUGGAUCUGGAUCGAUACAUGCUGCAUCGAUAAGGCCAGCAGCAGUGAGCUGUCUGAGGCUAUCAACUCCAUGUUCAGGUGGUACAAGGAGGCCGCUAUCUGCCUCGCAUACCUCUCCGAUAUAGUAUACUGUGAGCCUGGGACCGACGAGUGUGAGACGACUCUGGCGGGGAGUCGGUGGUUCACCCGCGGCUGGACGCUCCAGGAGCUCCUUGCUCCGUCAUCUCUCGACUUCUAUGAUCGAGACUGGACACUUGUAGGUUCAAGGGCCCUCUUCCGAGGCGUCAUUGAGAAGAAUACGGGAAUUGAAAGUAUUUACUUGUCGAGAGAGAGGGGUUUGGCUAGCGCGAGUGUCGCCGAGCGGAUGAGUUGGGCAUCACGAAGGACAACAACCCGAAUUGAGGACAUUGCAUACUGUCUACUGGGAAUCUUCGAUGUCAACAUGCCCCUCAUCUACGGGGAAGGGAUCAAGGCUUUCCAGAGACUGCAAGAGGCAAUCAUUCGGGACAACGACGACCAGUCCAUCUUCGCGUGGGGGAACCCGCAUGAGGGGAAUGUGGUCAAAAUUCCGAGCCCCCUAGACGGCUGGUCACUCCUCGCGUCAAGUCCGUCAGAUUUUACGUACUCCGGCGACGUGAUUCCCAUUUUCCAUGUCACUACCAGUGCCCGAGUGCGCAUCGAAAAUUCAGGCAUCACCUUUAUGACGCCACUGCUCGCAGAGACACCUUCAAAGUGGGUGAACGGCCCCUCCUCGACUGCAUUCUUGGCGCCUCUACUCUGCCGCCGCCGCACCGACAUUUUCAAUACUAUCGCACUUUCUUUACACAGUACCAAAAGGCCCUCACCUAACCUUGAUCAUCCAGACGGAAUGUCGUACUACAGGGUCUCAAACCAGCUCUUCAAAUUUCCAAUGACCGCUUGGGUGAAUGAGAGACUUUGUUCAGCAUUCAUCUACUUGAAAGCCUCGCGCAGGUUUCGGGAUAUCGGAGAUGAGCGCGGUUAUGCGCCGAACUGGGGAUGUGCCAUCCGGACGCUGCCCCAGGGUUUUACUCUCGGUACCCCGUACUCGUCGACAUGGGGCCAACACACCGAUGGAAUGCAGCCCGACGUUUUACCAAUAACCGAACGACUCGUCGGAUCAUAUGGUCUUGCGUCUCCAAUUGUGAUCCCACUGCAUCAUUAUGGUUACGAAGCAACACUCGCUCUUGUCUUACAGUACCAAUACAUGUCCACCGCGACCGGGUAUGGUGGCUCUGUCAUCUUCGAUAAAGCGCCGUCGUGGAUGGUGAACCGAGUGGUCAGUAUACCGCUCGGAUCUACAAUUGAGGAAGUUGCGGAAACGGUACGGAUUGAAUCCGAGGCGUGGCCGGCGGAGUACGUGCGUCAGAUUUCGGGCGCGAACAGGAGGGUAAAGCCGGCGAGUUCCAAAGACCUGUUUGAUCGGAGUUCGUUGAGGACAUACACCAGGUUCCACGUGGGAGUUUCGACUGAGCGAGUGCAUGGAACUCUUCAGAUCAUCGAUGUUGAGGACUCCGGGGGGAGUAACGUCUCUCUCGAGGUGGACCACAAUGGAAUUUACACUCCCGUGAAGGGUACAACAUAG